AGUACGUUUAAUUUUAACUGUACAUUUCAAAGUAGAAACAACUGGUUAGGCUUAAAGAUGAAAGCAGCGGUAAUUUUAACAUUUCUGGGUUCCUUGUUAUCCUGUGACGCAACUUACUACGGCAGAUAUGCUGGCAAGUAUGUUGUAGGUGGGCUGGGAUACGGCGUUCCGGGACUAGGCUACAAAGGACUACCCCUUGCUGUUCCUAAACCGAUAUACGCCUACGGACUUCCUAAGGCUUCCUAUACACAUUUGGGACUGUUGAAACCUACCUAUACGUUACCAUAUUAUAUGAAUGGCUUACUGUAUGACGGCGGGCUCCCACCUGCUUUGCCAGUACCACCAUUAAAUCCUGGAUAUGGAGGAUAUUUUACCAAAGGUUUAAUCUCAUCACCAGUCAUUAGGUAUGGAUAUGUGCCUCCAGUUCCAGUUUAUGGAAAGUAUGGAUAUCCUCUGAAAAAGCGGUGAUGACACCAAAUUUACAAAGAAAUUAGCGAUGAGCUUUCAUUUGAAUCCAUCAGGAGGAGAAUACUGCAACCCCGUUGUCCUUUAGAAAUACUUUCCUGAAACACUUUGCUGUUGUUGUAUCUUUGUAAUUUAACUUUGCUCGCAUUUGAAUUUUUAUAUUUAUUAAGUCUACUUA